AUGAGCAACGAAGCAGAGGGGGAUAAUCCAGACCAAACAAACUGCAAAUGUAAAUCACCUCUGUUGUCCUCGUACUGCAUCGACAGUAUUCUAGGAAGGAAAAGUCCCUUAAAAGUUAAAGCAACACCAAACAGUUUGUGGCCCCUUCGACCAGACAUGCACCUGCCAACGAAGCUCCGCCGCCCCUUCGCCCCGUUGACAGACUCCUCCAGAGACAUUCACACAGACGAAAAUGAAGCAGCGGAAUUAGCAAUGAGACUUGAUCUUACAGAAGCACGAGUGCAAGUCUGGUUUCAGAAUCGACGAGCAAAAUGGAGGAAAAGGGAAAAGGCGGGGGUCCAGUCACACACUCUGAGCCUACACUAUACUGGAACCCCCCCUGCUGCACAGUCCUUGUGUCAUUACCUGAGUGGGAAUACUUUUGUCCCAAACCCACAUCCUGCUAUUGAUCCGUCUUGGCCUGCCCCCCUCCAAAGACUGGCUCAGCCUCCCCCAAACCCUGCCUCCCCUCAUGGCUUCAGUGCUCUGUUAGGGGCGGCCAUGUUUAGACAUCCCGCUUUCAUUAACCCCACUUUUGGAAGACUUUUUACAAGUUUAGGUCCAAUGGGACUGCAAAGGAUACCCCUUCCUGCCAUAGAGGGUACAAUUCAAUGCUCCCACCUCACCAACAACCUUCUCGCCUCUUCACCACCCUUACCUUCAUCUCCAACAGUAGACCUCCGCGCUUCCAGCAUAGCAGCACUGCGUCUCAAAGCAAAGGAGCAUUCUGCUCAGCUGACUCACAUCACAGCUGCUGGAAUGGCUGGAAAAGAGGAGUGCUAA